AUGUCCGCAGAUCAUCCGUAUGGCCGCCUUCUGGUGCCUGAUGAAGUACCAUUUGAGCUGAGGCCUUCGCCUGGCAAAGGCUGGGGUGCUUUCGCCACACGACGCAUUGGCCGAGGAUCCCUCAUUUUGAGCGAAAUGCCAACCUUCGUUAUCCGGAUGUCACAUACAGAAAUCACGGAUGAUCAUGUUACUAUGGCCUUUCAAAAAUUGUUGCCCAGCCAGAAAGCACAGUUCUUACUCCUUCGUGACAAUGGGUCAAGCCAUUUUACAAGUAUGAAUGAAGCUUUCGCGGAAAACUCGUUCAACAUCGCAAAUUCAGACCACGGCGAGCCCGAAACUCAUGGUCUCUUCCCACUUCACUCGCGCUUCAACCAUUCUUGUGUACCCAACUCAAAAAUUCCAACUAUUAGUGGAGAGAUCAUUUCAAGCUUUGCCACCAGGGACAUACACGCUGGUGAGGAGAUCAAUUUCUGUUAUGAAACGGAUUUCGAAGGAAGGACUAGACAUGAGCGUCAUCAGGCUCUACGUUUUACCUGUAAUUGCGUGGCUUGUCUACGGGGCACUCCCUUCCAGAAACUUAGUGAUAUCCGACGGCGAUUGAUUCGAGGGCUUCAGUAUCUUGCGCGUGGCGCAGACUUGGAUGGGAAGAGACAGAGUUCGCGCUCUAUUAUCGUCGACUCUAAACUGAAGAUGAUGGCAGAAACUUUCGCCAUACCUCUUUCAUCUAGAUUGAUCUAUGCCCUCCUGUCAAUCUUCUUUCUAGAAGAAGAGGGCUUGCUAGAUGAUUUCAUGGACGCAAGGCUAAGACCAAGCUUAACCAAAACGGCGCAAUUGUUCAAGUCAAAAAGCAAUCAACGCAUUGUUAGACUAGCUAUGGAACAGAAAACGUGGCUAAAAAAAGUGCAAGUUGGAUGCGGACUAUAUGGCCGAGAAGAUGCUGCCGAUUAUGAAGUUACUCUAGCGCUACGAAGAUUGCGCCCAUUUUUGUAA